AUGCGCCUCCUCUUGUUCGCCCUUGCGAUUUCCGCCGUGAUUCGAGCACGCCAGACGAUCUCCUUGACUCCAAGCGAAUCCAGGAUGACGGUAGCUGACCCCUCGGCAAGUGUUCAUUCUUCUGGCGGUUGCCACGACGGCGUUCCUGCCAAGCGGCUGUUGACAUCAGACGACCCUGUGACUCACGAGGAGAGGGUCUGGUCACCGGCUGAACUAAAGAUCAAGUCUGCACUUAUUGAACUGGUGAGGAAUGCGCAUCAACUGAUUCCGGACCUACGUACACAACUCGUAGUUGAUGCAGAGAGGUUGCGAACAUACAACCAGGAUGCUAUCCUGCACUUUUUCAAGACGUCCCCUUACGGGACACCCCAGCAGUUACUUCAAAGACUGGAACUGGCUACCCAAAUGAUGCAGAACGCACCGGAUGGUGGAGUCACGAUGCUUAGAGAGAUUCGACGUUCCUUCCGUGCAUAUGAGGAAAACAUUGCCAUGCGGGAAUCAGACGUGCGUCGUGGAAAGUUGCAAAGAGCUGAACUGGACCCUGUCGAUGUCAUUAAAUUGAUAAAACGCACCCCGGGCGAGGUUAAUUUAGCAAGUGGUGACUACCCAGCAGAUCCGUUCGCAGCUUUAAACCUACGACAUUUGGAUGCGUAUAUCAAAGAUUACAACGCGAAGCAAGGUACAGAUCUUACGUUGGUCAGAACGUUGGCAGGAGCCACCGAAAACUUGGCUGAACUGGCAUCUGCUCUGUCGACUUUGAUGCGCACCCCUGCCAACGUUAAUCUUGUACAGGACGUGGAAGUAGAGCUGUUUGGGUACAUGCGAAGACUCGGGAUCACGAUCAAACGCGCUGCUGGUAUCCUGGGGAUUGCAAAACUGGAGGAUCAAGUCGUAGGAAACGGAAAGCUGAAUUUUUUCAUUAGAUUUAUCCGUUUCCUUGCCUCGGACAGUUCUGCUCGACAAGGUAUCGCCAACGAUUUCGCAGAGAUUUUUGGCGAAGGCCAGGUUGCAGCACUGUUUGAAAAGGCGAAGUCAGUGAACCUGCCAGCCAGCAAUCGGUAG